AAGAAGAGAGAGAGAGAGAGAGAGAGUCGUCGGCCUGUUCCCGGAGAGGAAAAGCUCGCCGCCGGCAUCGACCAGGCGCCCCCGCCGUUACAGGUUUCCAUCUCCCCCCGAGAGCUCCGGACCACCGUGCGAGCAGGAACCGGAAGGGUGAUGGAUAGAGGAGGAGACGGCUCUGAUCUGGAGCUGCAGAAGCAACAAUGGGCGAGGACGCAGGAUUUUCUCAGGGGUAGGCUCGUUCUUGAGGAUGAUUUCGAGUGGUCUUUACCUUCGGUGAGCUCGAAGUCAGACCAGAGUGAUGCCAGGGGCAAGCUGAAGUAUAUAGGCGGGGUUGACAUUAGCUUCCUGAAAGAAGACCCGUCUACAGCGUGUGCCGCGGUGGUGGUUCUGGAUGCCGAUACCUUGGAAAUCGUCCAUGAGGAGUUCGAUGUUGUCCGGAUGCAAGUGCCUUACAUUCCGGGUUUUCUUGCUUUCAGAGAGGCCCCCAUUCUUCUAGGACUCCUGGAGAAGAUGAAGAUCAAUGCUCAUCAUUUCUACCCUCAGUUACUCAUGGUUGAUGGAAAUGGGUUACUCCAUCCACGAGGUUUUGGUUUAGCAUGUCAUCUUGGUGUCCUUGCAGACCUGCCAACCAUCGGAGUUGGAAAAAAUUUGCACCAUGUGGAUGGUCUUGACCAAUCUGAAGUCAGAAAACAGCUUGAAGCAAAAGGAAACUGCAAUAAGGAAUGUAUUUCAUUGACUGGGCAGUCUGGGACGACAUGGGGAGCGGCAAUGUGUUCAUGCCCUGGUUCAUCGAGGCCAAUCUACAUCUCAGUUGGUCAUCGCAUUUCGCUCGACUCUGCCAUUGGGAUAGUGAAGUACUGCUGUAGAUAUCGUGUUCCAGAGCCUACACGCCAGGCUGAUAUAAGAUCGAAGGUAUUCCUCCAAAAGUACCAAAGAUUACAGCAGUAACAAGAUUCGACAAUGGCAAACUGUACCCUUGGAUAGCCUUCACAUCUUUCUAGCUGUUGUGAAAUUUGAGAAAGAAACUGACGAGGCAUUGGAACCUCAAGUAACCAAUGUACAGCCUUCUCUAAUACUAGUAUGGAAUUGCAUUUUAUCCCAGAACAGUUUGGCUGUAAAAUAGAUUGUGAUGCCCUUUUUUUUUGUAUCAAUAUCUGAAUUUGUCCAUCUUGCUGUGCACAUGCACAAUGCACAUAGCAAUUAGCAAGAAGAAUCAAGGACCUGGAUAUACAUCGCAGCAGUGCUGCUUUGUGCGGCCGUAAAAGCACCGGUAUAUCUUGGAGUACAACUAUUCGCAAAGAAAAAAAAAUCUUGCAGUACAAUAAAGCCACAAUGGGAAGACAUUGUACUGCUUUAAUAUCACUAGCAUAUCUUCUGCAUUUAAUCUGAUAUUUUUUUCUUCUCAAAAGGAUUUCCCCAAUUAUCAAAGUAUCUAUCUCUGAUUUACACUUCAGCAAAAGCACUGGUAUAUCUCCUUCCAGUACAAUAAAGCCAUGAUGGGAAGGCAUUGUACUGCCGUAAAUCUCAAGCACAUCUUGCAUUUAAUCUGAUAGAUUUCCUUCUCGAAGGGAUGUUACCGAUCAAUUAACAGCAUAUAUAUUUUGAUUAAGCUCAGGCUUCAAGCCAUGUAAUCUACUUUGCUUGCUCCGUGCUGCUUUCGGCCUGCCGGAUAACUCUCCAGACUAUGCGCUCGCUUUGGCCGGAGCCUCCGUGCUCGUGUUUGUGAUCUAAGACUCUGUCAGUCACGCUGCCUAGUUGUGGGCUUUAUUAAUUUAAAGCCGGACGCGUCCAGCGUCUUCGUUCUAAAAAAUAUAUAUUUUUUGAUCUAACCGAUUAUGCUCUUUAAUGCACACUGCCUAUAUAAACAUGUGGAGAUGAGAUACCAGCAGUGCAGCAUAUACAAAGAACACUUCUGCUUAAUUUCCAGAGACCUACGUAGACAACAUUGAGAUGGCUGCAACUUUUCACUCCGUCGUUUGCAAGAUCCUUGUGAUUGCUAUAGUUUGUGCUGCCCUCCUUUUCUCAUCAGGAAUGGCGCAGUACAUGUGCAUGGGCAAAUGCGCGGAGAUACCCGACUGCGACAACUACUGCAAGACGAAGGGAGUGUACCCCAAGGGAGGGGUGUGCCUGCCCCUCCACCAUUACUGCUGCUGCUACAUUUAGCGGGGUCGGACGUCGUCCCC